UAAAAGAUAAAUUCUGUGCAAUGCUUCACUUCCGGUGAGCAAAUCAGCUGAAAAAACAUGGCGACUCCUACAAGUAUUAUCAAAUCAACGCAGAAAAAAAGGCAUUAUUGUUGUGUUUGUUCAAAUUUCCGUGGGAAAGUGGUUGAUGGACGAACAAUUGUGUUACAUAGAUUUCCAGCGGACAUUAAUUUGAGACGAACAUGGAUAAAACGUGUAAAAACCGUGAUGAAGAAAUUCACCUUCAACAACAAUGCAAGGCUAUGUUCAGCACAUUUUGUGGACGGUCAGAUGUCGGAAAAACACAAUGUUCCUUCAGUCUUUGAGUUUCCAACGAAAAGAAAAUUAUUUGCAUUAUCAUCGGUGAGUUCCCACCAAGACACAACUGAAGAUGACGAGAUUUUCUUCGCCACACCUCUGCAAGAGCAGUACAGAUUAUGUGACAUGGACAUGGACGAAAGUGAGUUGUUGGCAUAUGAAGAACGCGGUGAGCCAACUAACUUCUCUGUUCCAGAGAUGAGUAACGAGUGUACGUCUGUAGCAUUUCAUGAUUAUUGUGGUGUAGUAGACUUGAACACAAUUUCACGUGUACUGAAUAAGAACGAACAGACGGAAGAAAAGAAAAUGACAUUUCUUAGGUCAGAAGGAACCCAAUCAUUUGUUGAGACAAGGUCCUUCUUAGUACAGACAGAAUUAGAGCAGCCACCAAAGGAAACACGAGAAAUAGGAAUCCAGUGUAAGUUGCCAGAAAUAACUUUCUAUGACAUUGCGGCAAAAGAUGAAAAGGUAAUGUUUUAUACUGGAUUACCAAAUGCAGGGACAUUCUGUGCCCUCUUUGAUGAAAUGUCGGAUGCCGAGGCACAAACAUCAAGGGCAGGACUGACUUCUAAGAAAGGAAGACCGCGUCAGCUUAGAGUUAUAGAUGAGUUUUUCCUGGUACUGAUGAGACUCCGUAUGGGUCUUCUUGUGGAAGAUUUAGCAGCACGCUUCCACAUCUCAAAAUCAACUUGUUCAGUGGUCAUUAAUAAGUGGAUAGACUAUCUGUCUGUGAAAUUAGAUUUUUUGUUGAACUGGCCGACCAAAUCAGUGAUUCAAAAUACAAUGCCGAGGAAAUUUCAGUCGGCAUAUCCAAGUACGCGUGUUAUUAUAGACUGUACAGAAUUCUUUACCGAGACACCACAAUCGUUGAUAAACAAGUCAUUAAUGUAUUCACACUACAAAUCACAUAUGACUUACAAAGCCUUGCUUGGAAUAAGUCCUUCCGGAUUAAUAACUUUUGUGUCUGACAUGUGGGCUGGUGGUAUAAGUGACAAGCAGAUCACAAGAUCUUGCGGUAUACUUGACCUAUGUGAGCGCGGUGAUGCCAUCAUGGCUGAUAAAGGCUUUUUGAUAAGUGAUUUAACGACACCGAGAGGAUUACACUUGAUAAUACCACCACUGAAACAUAAGAGAUUUUCUCGUCGGGAGGUUGAAGAGACUAGGCGCAUUGCUAAUUUGAGAAUCUAUGUGGAAAUGGCUAUGGAACGUGUUAAAAAUUUCAGGAUACUACAAGGCACAAUACCUAUUACAAUUUCAAAACAACUCACACAAAUUCUGAAAUUAUGUGCGGGACUAUCAAACCUUCAGCCUCCACUAGUACUAGAUGACUGAACUGUUCUGUAAGCUUGUAAGAAAAUGUGCUUCUGCUCUAAUUUAGUCUAAACGGAGUAGAAAUGUUUCCUUCAUUGUUGAAGUUGAGUUAGUGCCGCAAUAUAAUCAGGAAGAACUUUAAACUGAAAACAAUUUUUUGAAAUGCUUUCCUGUACUGAUAUAUGGAAUAUAUGCAAGAUGAAUUUAGUUUGUCUUAAAGUUUGCACUUUCCAAUAUAUAUAUAUAUGUAUAAAUGUAUUAUAAUUUGUUGUUCAAUUCUUUGCUGUUGUUGUAAUGUUGGAGAAGCCAAGAAAAGUAAAAG